AUGUCAGGUGUUAUUGAGAAUGGACAGUUUAUUCCUAUACAACUGAAUACAAUGCCUCGAUCAAUUAGUAAUAAUUCAAUAAAGCACUUUGAACCAUUACACCAACAAACAAAUGAAAAUCAACAGUUUAGUCCUUCUAUUAUUGCAUACCAUCGCUCUUCUCCUCCUGUUUAUCAUCAGAGCACCAACGUGCAGGCAUCUCCUUCUAUUCUUACAUCGAACACAAUUUCACUCGAGCAGGAAAGAAUGAAAGUAGGACAUCAUGACGUCAGUUUUUCAGUUGAUAAUGAAGAUGGUUGGCAAACAGCUCGUGGUUAUAAGAAAGUUAAUCGUUCCACCUUCAAAUCGAAUAUUUCCAAUGCUGCUAAUCAGCCUACCACGGUUUCUUUUAAUAUUCGUCCUCAAAGUUUUCGUAAUCAAACAUCUUAUCUUGAUCCGCUCAACAUUAUGGCAGAUAGUAAUAGUCAAGUGGCGUCUCAAGCGCAGCGGUAUGCCACGACUCGUUAUCCGUUCUCGCCGUUUGUUAUCCACUUUAAAGAUAACGUACGUGAUAAACUUGUUGUCGAGCACCUAGUGAAUCAUUCGAAACAGCAGUUCAAGUUUGGUCUUCAAAUCAUAGGUUAUCGAAGAUCUCAGGUUAAUUGCGCUCAUGGAGAAUAUGAUGUGCUCGUUUUCGUGGAAACAACAGACUCAUUUGAAUUUCUAUUUGAGGAUGCACAUUGGCCGUCGCAAUUAGUUGGCAAAGAUUUUACACUAAAGAAACCGUCAAUUCCAGCUCAAUUGUCACUAGUUAUCCAAAAUGUAUCGUUCGAUAUUGACUGGGAGGAUUUUAUAGCUUAUCUUCAAGCAAAGUAUCCUGACAUAGUUAAGACGAUCCGUUUAAAAAAUCGAAAUUUACAAGAUCUCAAAUCACUCAAAAUCGAAAUCAAAUCAGUUAAGAUACGUAAUGAAAUUCUCGAGCACAAGUUCAUUAGCAUUUCAAACAUGCGGUAUAAAGUAGUCGAAUACUUAGCAUUGGCUAACGUUCUUAUAUGUUCUCGAUGUAAGUGCAUUGGUCAUUUUCAAAAGAACUGUCCACAACAGGAUCAAGUGACUUGUAAUACCUGUGGUGAGAAAUAUGCCAAUGUCAAGGAUCAUGCAUGCUCUGGUGAAUUAAAAUGUAUCCAUUGUGGAGGAGCGCAUCGCUCCAAUGACUCAAAAUGUCGUAUCAUAAAGAAUUAUCGUGCAGCUCUUACUCGAACUCUUCUUAGUAAACCACCAGUUACAGUUACGGACAAGUAUCCAGAUCUUACAUCACAUUCAUCUUGGCAGUCUCAUCUCACAAACUCCUCACUUCCGAAUUCAAGCGAUAUGGAUAAAAUUUUUAAGAAAAUGGAAGAGGAAGACGAGAAAACCCGUUCUACUAUCGAAUUGUUCAAAACAGAAAUGCUCGAGCAUCAUGUCGAAAACAAACGUCGUAUAGACUCACUCAAUGAACAACUUGAAAUCAACGAGCAGAAAGUGCGUGAUUUGCAAGCCAAGAUAAAAAUGUUAGAAGAGAAGUUUGAAAUUGAACAACAAAAGGUUCAGUACGUUCAAAACAAAGCGGAAGGUACUGAGUCGAUGUUCAACAGUUAUCAACAGGACGCGAAUAUACUACUAAAAAAUAUCACUAGAUUAUUCUGCAUAAUGCGUGAAAGUGAUGUAAGAUUUUCUCGUAUUCUUAGUGAUCAAAUAACUCAUCUUAAAAUUGGCAUCAAAGGUGGCAUAAUAGUAAAAUUAUCGAAUGGAAAUGAAUCGAAUUUAUUUACAUUAAUAUUAUUUUUGUGUAAACAUCUAACAGAUUUGAAUAUUUAUCAACAGGUUGGCGACAGAAAUGUAACCGACUCUACUUUUAAUUUAAUACCGAUGAAUCCUGUAUCUUUAACUCUAACUAAAAUGAAAAUUAAUGUUAACACUUUUGAUGAUUGCUUAUAUAUUCUUAAUGGAUAUUUUGAAUGUUUAUCCACAUUAAUCAUUAAUAUACGUAAAAUUUCGGAUUCAUCAUCAAAUAUAGAUAACACAAUUUUUCCUUUUCUACAACGAUUAACUGUGCAUAAUAUUCAACUACAAAAGAGCAAACAACAUUCAUCUACAUUGAUUACAUUUGAAAUUUCUGAAUUGAAUAUUGCAUAUGCACAUAUUGAUUAUGUUGAAGAAUUUUUCUUAGAAACAAAUAUUCGUUUACCUCGAUUAACAAUUCUUGGUAUCAAAUAUGAAUCAUUAUCUAUGGUGACAAAUAAUUUUACGAAUGAUGCAGCACGUUUCAAUUGUAGUCAAUUACAAUACAUUCUUAUACCUGAACCAUUUGUUCGUCCAGAAAAUUUUCAUUCAUAUUUUCCUUUAUUGUAA